GGUUGAGUCAAUGCAGAGAGAGGCUCUCCAAAGAUGUGACGGGAGAUUGAAAUAUGGCAGGGGUACUUGUCCUGUCGACUAACAGAGGUGGUUCGAGAACAGAGGUAUUCCAUCAUGGACAAGAAAUCCGUUACCCAGGAAACCGCUUCUACCAAGAUGUCGUUCCUCCAGCUUCCAGGAGCCGAACACGAGUUCGGAAACUCUCGGCUGCCUUCGGCAACAUCUUCGGUAAAGUCUGGAUCGAUUCACUUCGCCACAACAGUUCGGAUGCUUGCACCAGUGAUUUGGUCGCGAAUUCAGUCAAAACAAAAGAAAUCAGCUGCGCGUACCGUCUGUUCUGUGAACACAAAUGAUUCUUCUCACGACAAUACCAAGGGAUUGGAGCCCCUGCGCUUGGAGGAAGAGUUGGACAUUCAUCAUCUUGAAACCCUUAUGUUCAAGUUUAUGACGCACAUUCCAGAUAAGACAGCUCUCAAGAAAUGGCUGACAAGACGAGGAUCAGUAUACAGAGACCAAAGCAGGUUUCAUUCAGCAGGGUUAAUGACGCAAGAAGAAUUUCAUGAAAUGCUGGCAGAUUUACUAGGAGUUGAAACAUGGGAUAGCCGAAAGGUGGCGUUAUUUGAGAAAGAGAUAGGAAUGCUAUUUAAGAAGGUUGAUAUCGCUUCUGAUGGCCUGGUUGACUGGGAUGAAUUCUGCACUUAUCUUAUGCUUCAAUUUGAAGAGAAUGACCAAGCCACCAAAGUGAACAGCAACACAUUUAUUCCCAAGCCAAAUAUUGUGAGAAUAGACUAUAACAAGGAAACGACAACAAAGAUACUCACUGACUUUAAUCCGAUGAGAUAUGUCACAGUUAGUAAGGAAGGAAUCAUUGGAGUCUGGAGCACAGAACUGGAACUUCAAAGGAAAAUUGAAAUGGAGCACAACAGCUCUGAUGUUGAACGAAACUCUAACAAGCGUCAUAUUAAGAUGUGGGUGACAGACGCUGUUGCCAUGGCAAAUGUGCAUAAGAUGGCUCUCUCUACGACCAACAGGGACAUUUAUUUUUAUGACAUGUCAACACCAAUUUACACGCCACUAUUUCAUCUUUGUGCUCUUGGAAAUGUGGUCCUUUGUCUUGAUUACCAUUAUAACAGAAAGUUACCAGCUGGAAAAUCAAUGCUUUUUCUUGGAAUGGACAAUGGCGUGAUCAUGUUCCUUGUGUUCUCAACACCUCUCAAAGGACUGUUUGAGACUCCGUUCAAGAAAACUUCAGGAAGUCAUCAGGUCUAUCUUCAGGACCUGUCAAGUCACUCUCGUUUUGUAACAUGCCACACCCUGGGUCAAGUUCACUCUGACUGGGUCAGAAGAGUAAAGUACAUUCCGUUGAAGGAGUUUGUUAUCUCAUGCAGCGGCAGUGGAAAGGAUUCACUUGUAGUCAGGGAUAUUGAUGAUAAGAAAAGGAAAACAUACACUUUUAAAGUUGCAAAGGGCGUGGAAUGUUUUGACUAUAGUCACACCCUGAAUGUUAUCUGCACUGGUGGAGUGGAUCAUGCUGUUCGCUUGUGGAAUCCAUACGUCACAGUGAAGCCUGUAGCUAUUAUGAAGGGACACCAGUCCUCUAUCAUUGACUUGGCUAUUCACGAGGCACUGGAACAGGUCUUCAGUUAUGACAAAGAUGGAGUUUUGAAGUCUUGGGACAUCAAAGAACAAGUCUGUCUUCAGACGAUUCCCAUCAGGUUUCCAUUUGGUCACAGAAUCCCUGAACAUGGUCCUUUCCCAUUUCUUCUCAUCACAUCGCCCAUCAACUCCUUGUUUAUUAGUAGUAACGACUGCCUUGCAGAAAUCAAGAUUGUGGCUAUGAGCGCUAAUAAAAGCAGCAAGACCACCCACUGGAGGCCUUUGUGUGCAGCUUUGUAUAAUCCCAGCAUGGGACAAGUGAUCACUGGCUGUGAGGGAUCAGUAAUUACAUUUUGGGACCUGAGCACUGGCCGGAAGGUGCAGCAUAUUGCAGAGGCUCAUGGCGCGGAAGAAAUAUCUUGCAUGACGAUGGAUCCGUCAGGGCGUCGCCUUAUGACUGGUGACAGGAGCGGCAACAUACAUGUUUGGAAUGCUAGCAAUGGCCAUUUGCUUAACAAGCUUGAUCCUUUAGGAGAAAAUGAAGUGACCGGAAUCAUUUCAUUACCUGAGAAGAGUAAAAUAAUAACAGUGGGAUGGAAUCGUAAAAUCCUCGUCUAUUACGAUGACAUUCAGACAUUCUGUCUCAGACCAAAUGCGGGUUGGAAAGGAGGACAAUUGCAUCAGGAUGACAUCUUGACUGCUGCUUUCUGUCCUCCAAACUACCUAGCCACGGCCAGUUUUGACGGUGACAUCAUUCUCUGGAGUCUGGACCGAGAAAAGAUGAUGCGAAGACUGAAGAAAGGCUCGGGAAGUUUGUUAAAAGCCAAGAUUAAGAAGCUGGGACUCCUUCACUGCAAAAGAGCAAGUCAAGGCUGUGCUGGUGCGCCGGUGGACAAGUUGUUGUUUCUUACGUCAAGGGCUCAGUGGAAGACUCAAGAGAGCGCUGUACUUGUGUCAUCAGAGGCUGGUACUCUGGAGUUUUGGUGUUUGUACGGUGCGAAUAGACCCAUGGGGAGAUAUCGGGCUGCAGAUGACGAAGACAGCUGUGUGUGCGCCCUAGCAACAGACCCUAGUAACGAUAUGUUGAUUACUGGAGACUCUAAUGGGAACAUCUCUGUAUGGGACAUCAGCUCCUACUGCAUUUCAAGAGCAGAAACCAUCAUUGCUCAGGUUUGGUCGAGAACUCAAGGCGUGGUCAACACAGAUGAGAACCCAGAAGGCAAACCUCCAGUACUCUCUGGCUGGCAUGCGCACCAGGGCUCUGUGGUCAGUGUGGAGUACUUACCACGUGAUCAAGGCGCCUUAUUGCUGUCUGCUUCUGAGGACUGCACAGCAAGGCUCUGGACCCUGAACGGCCAGUUUAUUGGAAUGUUCGGGCAGAAACGAUUGUGGAAUAUUGAUGAUCCAAGCUCGUACAGAGUCGCAAGACAUACUAGUAAUGAAAGAAAAGAAAACGAAAAAGACAACGGUAGUGUGGAAAAAAGAACUCGUCAUCUUAGCGAGAUGAGCGGAACAAGUUCCAACCCACCCUCUCCUCCCCCUGCCAGUCCAACGCAACUAAGUCCCAGUCCACCAACAUUGGAAAUACCCCGGUUAAGCACAAGUACACCGACAACUCCUCGUGAGAGGAAUUUUCUGCCGGCUAUUGAAGUUGGACGGCCAGGUGAAGAUGGAGCUGAAGAAGAUCCGUACUCAUGGAGGAGGAAUGAGUACUACAGGUCCAUGACUAGCCUAGUACUGGAAAAAUCAAACAAAAAUCCACAGACCUGGUCUAUUCUCGGGGAUCAUUACAACAAGGACUUCAGACGGCGCAUGGAGACGAGGCAGUCACGAAGAGAUCACGUGGGCAAUGUGGACCGGAAGUUAACAAAUGGAGCAGGAUUGGGAAACACUUGCUCUCCUUUCCAAGCNAUUUGGAGUUUUAGGGACCUUAAAUACCCAUUGAGUGUUGACCUUUCUACUUUUUGCUCUCAGACAUUCUGUCUCAGACCAAAUGCGGGUUGGAAAGGAGGACAAUUGCAUCAGGAUGACAUCUUGACUGCUGCUUUCUGUCCUCCAAACUACCUAGCCACGGCCAGUUUUGACGGUGACAUCAUUCUCUGGAGUCUGGACCGAGAAAAGAUGAUGCGAAGACUGAAGAAAGGCUCGGGAAGUUUGUUAAAAGCCAAGAUUAAGAAGCUGGGACUCCUUCACUGCAAAAGAGCAAGUCAAGGCUGUGCUGGUGCGCCGGUGGACAAGUUGUUGUUUCUUACGUCAAGGGCUCAGUGGAAGACUCAAGAGAGCGCUGUACUUGUGUCAUCAGAGGCUGGUACUCUGGAGUUUUGGUGUUUGUACGGUGCGAAUAGACCCAUGGGGAGAUAUCGGGCUGCAGAUGACGAAGACAGCUGUGUGUGCGCCCUAGCAACAGACCCUAGUAACGAUAUGUUGAUUACUGGAGACUCUAAUGGGAACAUCUCUGUAUGGGACAUCAGCUCCUACUGCAUUUCAAGAGCAGAAACCAUCAUUGCUCAGGUUUGGUCGAGAACUCAAGGCGUGGUCAACACAGAUGAGAACCCAGAAGGCAAACCUCCAGUACUCUCUGGCUGGCAUGCGCACCAGGGCUCUGUGGUCAGUGUGGAGUACUUACCACGUGAUCAAGGCGCCUUAUUGCUGUCUGCUUCUGAGGACUGCACAGCAAGGCUCUGGACCCUGAACGGCCAGUUUAUUGGAAUGUUCGGGCAGAAACGAUUGUGGAAUAUUGAUGAUCCAAGCUCGUACAGAGUCGCAAGACAUACUAGUAAUGAAAGAAAAGAAAACGAAAAAGACAACGGUAGUGUGGAAAAAAGAACUCGUCAUCUUAGCGAGAUGAGCGGAACAAGUUCCAACCCACCCUCUCCUCCCCCUGCCAGUCCAACGCAACUAAGUCCCAGUCCACCAACAUUGGAAAUACCCCGGUUAAGCACAAGUACACCGACAACUCCUCGUGAGAGGAAUUUUCUGCCGGCUAUUGAAGUUGGACGGCCAGGUGAAGAUGGAGCUGAAGAAGAUCCGUACUCAUGGAGGAGGAAUGAGUACUACAGGUCCAUGACUAGCCUAGUACUGGAAAAAUCAAACAAAAAUCCACAGACCUGGUCUAUUCUCGGGGAUCAUUACAACAAGGACUUCAGACGGCGCAUGGAGACGAGGCAGUCACGAAGAGAUCACGUGGGCAAUGUGGACCGGAAGUUAACAAAUGGAGCAGGAUUGGGAAACACUUGCUCUCCUUUCCAAGCCCUCCAUAUGCCUGACACUAAAGAGUACGAGCUUCCUAAGAACAUGCCGGUGACUCCACGUAUGAUGCACAAGGCGGGUCGAUCAUCAAGUGAGCCAGUCUGGAUGACAGUCCGACAGGGAGCACUGCCGCCAUUACCCGCACUCAAAAGAUCAGACAGCUUUCUCACCAUGGCUGAGUCCGCUUCAGGAAACGCUUCGCAGUUGUCGUUUAUGGUGGAGUAGAUCACGCUUUUGGUGAAAGAUCAGAACGAGUGUCUUUUGGUUCGUUAUGAUUGACAUCUUCAUGGCAAUCAGAGCGGGAAAACAACAUCUGUGUCUUUGCGAUGUCUCGCCUGCGCAAAUACUUUCCUGUUGCUAACUUGCUUCUAUCUCCGAGACUGUUCGAGAUAUUUCAGAAUUUAGCACAACGAAGCUCACUGAUUCGAGUCGGUUGUGAAAAAUCGUGUGCUAUAAUUAGCCAAUCAGCUUCAUCGUGACACGUCAUCAGUGUGAAAUGUCGUUCGUCAUUUCCAGGGCAAGAGAGAGAAGGAGAGAGAAAAGUCAACCGUGUUUAUUCAAUUGUUAUUCUGAAGGGAAAACUACCAUCUGUUUCAAAUGAUACACAUUGUAGCAUUCUUGUGACUUGCUACACUACGAUACUUGUCAAGGAAAGAUUACGUUACGAAUCAAACAAAUGCCUACAGAGGCUACCUUUGAGUCGUUCAGAAAUAUGAUAGAAGAGAGGGACUGCCUCGAGAGUUCUGCCCUCGCACUAACAGGAACUUGCGGAAAAGAGACGCUAUGAAGUGAUGGAAAUCCAAAAUCAAGGUAGUGCUGUUCAUAAAACGAAAGAUGGCAGAACAUUCUUGGAGUUGAGUCCAAACCAAAAAUAACUUAAUAGUUUCGUUGAUGAUCCACAAUAAAUCAUAUGACAUGUAUUUAUUUUUUAUAUAUAGUUACGCUAAGUAUAAUUUAUUGUACAGUUGCCAAACACGGAGAAGUUUUUAAAUAGUAUACUCUUCAUGUACCUCUAGGAUCGAAAAUAAUGAUAUAGAGGACAAUUCGAGUAUUUUUAUUGUUCUAUGAAGUAUGAAUUAUGAGUUUUUACAAAAAUUGGGAAAAGCUUCGAAAUAUGAAGGAGAAAUGAGAAAUGGAGAAUUUUGGUGCCUGCAGUCCAUUGACGCCAUCGUAGAAUUCUGCAAUCAAUAAUGACUAAAGAGCAUGCUUAGAUUAUGGAUGUUUUUAUUAAAGAAAUCAUUAUGACAACCUUA